CCUCCGCCUCAGUUUUCAGACUCAAUCUGUAUUUAAAUACAAAAAUUUAUACUUUUAUUUCGAAAUUCAAAAAAAAGGAAAUACAAAUUCUAAAAUGGCCCUUCAUUUUAGCGCCCAGCAGUUUGAGGGCCGAUUUGAGUCGAAGCGGCUCAACAACUGGGAGUACCCGCGAUUCUCACCACCCCGCCCACGAGGACUCAAGAAAAACGCCAAGGUCGUGGCCGCCAAGAACGGACACCUGCUGCCAGGAGUGAAAAAGGAGGGCAACUCCUUUGGCCAAUAUCGUGGGACCUACGAACUGCCCCGUCGGAUAUCGCGUAGCUUUUGUGCCCACUACGAUGCCUGUUUGAGUGGGCGUUACAAGUUCAUUGGAUUUCCGCGCGACCUUUGCAGUUGCCAGCGGGAAAACCGAAGGGCACUGGCCUGUGACAAGCGGACGACCUUGGGCCAGGAGGGCGAUCCCCACUGGAUGCGCCAGAGGUGCCAGACCAAGUGCGAGGGCCUCCAGCAGAUCAAGGAUCUGCACGAGCGGAGCCAGCGCUGUAAGCGCGCCAAGUGCCAAGUGGUGACCGAAAAGACCGUGAAGAUACCGCCGAAGGUGUCCAAGGUGGCCUGUGUGGCCAUCGAAAAGAGGCGUCGAAAACGCACAAUUACCGCCUUUGCCAAGGGUCGACCUGCAAUGCAUGCCAAUGAAUCCAUGGCUUCCUAUGAGUUACGCCACAAGCCUGCUCCAGUUCCGGAUAAAACGGCUUCAACCACUGCUCCGGCCAAACCGAAGGAUAAGCCAAAGGAUAAGGUCAAGGGAAAGGAAAAAGACAAGGCCAAGGAUAAGGGCAAGGAGAAAGAGAAGGAGCGCAAGGGAUCGAAGGGCCAUUAGUACCACUUUGGAGAACUGAAAUCAAUUAAAAUUAUAUAAUUUUAUUUAC